UUGUGCGAUUCCGUUCCAUCCGUUCCGUUGUUGCCGUGUUGCCGCCGUUGCCGUUCGUGCUAUCUUGUGCGGACGGAGAGAUCAUUCGAUCUACCGCCUAAACGUGGGGCGUGUUCGGGUGCUGUGCGGGGGUUGCCGUGGUCGCAAAAGAACGACGAUGUCGAUCCCUGGGUCCGAGCUGCUGGCGCUCUUGCUGCUCUUGGCCAGCGGACUGUGCCCCGCGUACCGGACGGGCUUCGACGCGGACGCUUGCGAGUCUCUGUGCCCGGUGCCGGGCUGUCCCACCAACACCAGCGCCAAAGAUGCCGGGCCCAAACUGUCCGAUCGCGGGUUCCCGCUCUCCGGGAGCUUCCAGUUUUCCCCAAAGAUGCGGAGGACCACUCCCUUCAGAGUGAACUUGACGUCGCAGUUGGCUGUGAACGCUCUGAUGGUGCUGUUCCGCGACGCAUCCGACGACUCUGAGGCCCGGUCUCCGCAGGGCUUCUUCGUCGACUGGUCGGAAUCCCUGAAGCCCGUGGCGUGCGAGCAGGGUCCUCCCAAUGCACUCACCAACAAGGACCUGUCGGAAAAGGACCACUUGUGGUUCACCUGGAUGCCCCCGGAUACGGCCGAGAUCAACGUCGUCCUCAGAGGCACCUUUGUGGUAGGGGACGAGUACUGGUACAACGUCAACAUUGGAGGCGACUUUGCGGUGGACGAAUUUCCGGUUUCGAUGGAGGGGUGUGGCGACACCAAGAGCUGCGUGACGCUGUCCCGAACCCGUGCUAAGUGUGACAAGGCAAGCCGGUGCGACCUCUCGCUGACGUACGCAUUGGGCAGUGACAACCGCUCGAUCGAUAUCACCAUGGGUGGUGUCGCACCGGUCACUGGUCACUACGUAGCUCUGGGUUUCACCGAUGAUCCCAUCAUGCUGAAAAAUACACACAUCUUUGCGUGCACAAGGACACACGAUCUUGCCACUGUCCAGUACUUCUCCUUGCAAGAUCUUGACAGCACUCCCGUGGAAACGGACCAGGUUUUCGGAGCCCCGUCUUUUGAGCAGGACGGAGAGCGCAUCUGGUGCCGGUUUUUAACGCCAGCUUUCGUCCCCGGUCAUGACCUCACCUUGCCACGAUAUCAGGUCUAUCUCUGGGGAGAAGCCAACGUCACCAGCCAGUCGAUCAAGAUAGCCCCUCCCUACAUGGUGUCCAAGACACCCAUCAAGGUGGGUGUUCCCAUCUACAGCCGCCUGACUAGGAACGCUGCCACAACGAGGACCGCUUCGUGGAUCAUGGCGCUUGCCACGGCGCUCUUGGCAAGGAUCCUCGUCGCGUGACAACAUUCCCAGACAGCGUAGCAGGAGUCCGCCCAGCCACGGAAGGAACAUUGGGGAGUGGCCGCCGGCAGACUGCAGGAAGCAGGCCUGGCUGGCAGCUCUCGCAAGCUUGUCGGAGCACCGCUUCAAAGCAAAGAGUUGAGGCAUUGCUGCAGUCUACAUUCGGAGAUGUCAGCUUGUGUUUUCGAUUGCAUAUUGAGAUUUAAACAACAAUCCCCAAGGGCCGGUGAGAACACAAUUUUCGUUAUAUCUGACUUGUUUCCUUUGUUGUUUUUUUUACUUUGUUACAAGGUAUUGUUUCGUUGCCAGUGAAGGAGAUUUUCUCUUUUUCUACCAAAGAUGGUACACCUUCCCUUUGUAUUACCGAUUUCGAAUUUUGUCGUGUGUAGCGCACUGUUUGGCAGAUCCGCAGAGAAUUUGUCUACACAUUGUAUUUGCAUUGACAAGAAAAAAGCAGUGUUGACCAAAUUUUUUAUUUAAAUUUAAAAAAAAAAAUGUUUUUUGCAUUUUAGUUUUUUUUUUUUUUUAUCUGAAAGUUUUAGUUUAUGAGAACAGAAUUUGCUUAUUGAAGCGCCAGAUGUGGCAGACAGCCAGGGCCAAUUCUUCCGGAUAAGCUGCAAAGUGUACAGAAGUGUAAGCCACAAUCUGGUCAUGCAUGUAUCUUUUAAUGGUUCAGGGCGCCUAUGCAGGUCUCUGCUUUAGGAGACAUACUAAACCUUCCCAUAUUUUUGAACAAAACCUCAGGGAUUGCAAACUACCCAUAGUUGACGGCACUGCUCGUCUGAGCCCCUUUUUUUUUGUUAUAUAUGCUGUUAGAAGUCUACCUAAUUGUUUUGCCCGCUGAAGCCCUUGCAAAGUUUGCGAACAAGGAAAACGUGAAACGACGACGCUAGCGUAAAAUACCGCGGAAGCACCUGCUUCGUUUAAGCGCUUACUAUUAACAUUGCCCAAACUAGGGAAUUCUGAAAAUUAUACAUUAAGCACCCGAUUUGAUUGGACAAGCACCCAUAACUAGAUUAGCCCAGUGUUAGGUGAAAGUAGGGUGGCUCUCCCCCGGCAUUUUACGGUACAUAAUUGUGUUUUUAGACUCCUUUGUGCUUGAAAACAACAAUAAAAUGAAGCGCCAAAAUUUAGAGAUAAGGGAGGCACUUUUCGAGCGAGGCUAGACCUUGAAAACGGCAGUUGGCAGUGACAUAGAAAGAUGCAUGCUGCCGCACUGUCGAACCACCUAAACAUCGUUAUUAGCCAGUCGGGCUUUUAGAUGGGAACCUCAACUGCUUUGGAAUGUAACCACCAGGUUCUCAUUGCACCCUUUCUUGCUCCUCGGCUUUCUCUAUUAUAUAUGAAUACUUUGAGUGGAUGGUUGAAGCACUCUGCCCUUUUUGAGGAAUAUGGAUGCAUAUUUGUUGUCUCGUAAACCUAGAUGUACCUAUUGUCUUCGGUGUUGCUGAGCUGAAAGACCUCCAUUGUUUCCUGUCUUUAUUGGCACUCCUUUCCAAGACACACGUGACUUCCAAGGUUCUCUUGGGAAGUUUCGUCUUCUUAGUUUUUUUUCUGGGCCACGAAAGGGAGCUUGGGAUUGUGAAACAUAUUCUUUCAACAAAUUGGCAAUAAUUUGGUAAAUUGAGAUAUAUAUAUAUAGCCAUAUGAAUAUCAUUGUCCCACCAAUCAAAACAUUCUUCUUUUAUUUUUCUGUGUGUGUCUGAUUGUGGUACGGUCAUACAUUAUUUCUGAAAGCAACAUAUGCUUAAGAAACAUUUUUAGAUCUGUACGAUGCCAUUGCUGAUAAAUUAAUAUUGUUUGACGGAUGGAAAAUUUUGCUAAAUAGAUAUCUUGCGAUUGAGGCGUGACUGUACGAGACUAUAUUUGUGUUUUUGUAAGUUUAAAGCUGUAGGUUGUUUUGUUUUUUUUCUUUAUUUGUUUUGCGGGGUUGACGCGUAGGGGGCAGAGAUAAAGGUGUGGUGCCUGACAAAGCCUCUGCCCCCUAAAGUCCAGCAGCUCAAAUUAGAUACAUAAUAACAGAUUCUACAAAACUUUAUACAGUUAAAAUAAAAGAAGAGAAACAAGUCAAAGAAACAAGAAGAAUAGACACUAUAUUCAUAUGCUAAAAAAAACCUAUAACCGAGUGUUGGUCGUAAGAAACCAAAACAGUAACAACAAACAGUAACAGCAAAAAAACUAGAAUGCAGAUUGAGUGCAGUGUGGGCAAAUGAACAAGAAUUUUUGUAUGUAUGCGAACCUGGGAAUAGUUUGUUUGGACAUGUCCGAGUAUCGUUUAUUUAAAGAAUGAGCACAUAUCUUCGUAGGAAUAGCAGGAUACAGAUAUGAAGCACAUAUCACUGCCUUUUCCUAGAUGCUCAUGUCAAAAUAAUGUGUAAGUAUGCUUUUUAACCUGAUAAAUAUGUCGAUAAGUCUCAGAAAGUUAUAAUUACAAACCAACCCAAGAAUAACAGCCACACAUGGCAAUAGACUUGCAAGUGAUAGCAGCUUUCUUUUUAUAUCUCAACCUUCCCAGGUUUCAAGUCAAACACCGCACUGCAAAAGCGUUUUCGUGCGCAAGUUUUGCAGAGGCAAACCACAGCUUGGCCCUGCAGUCAUCUUCAGUCUAUUCCUAAAUUUCAACCCCUCCUACUCCAUCCACCCCCUACUCUACCUAACCACUACCCACCCCACGUCCCCUCCCCCAAGAGUCAGUGACAAAUUCGCCCAGAGUGCAGAAUACACCAUUAACUCUUACCCCCCCCCCCCCCCUCCCCACCUCCCAAUAAUUUUCUUCAACGCUAACAACACAACCUAAAUUUCAGCAGAAACUAUUCUUUAGAGUUGGCGUGCCAUGCAAACAGAGUUGCAAAAUCCACUCAAAUACAAAUGCCCUCCCUGACCAGCACCGCCUAGAGUUAAACGACACUGCUUGUUUAUCGCUGCAACCACGUUGACACAGCGAUUAGACUUGACCCCGGAGACCAAUGCCCGCCAACGCAGUCAUUGGUUCCGAGUCCCAGCUGAACGCCGACGCAGUUCUUGUGUCCAAUUUAUGCCCACACUCGGCGAUAGUGCAGCGGCGCCGAUAUGCGGGUACACAUGCUUCAUUUACUCUAGGUAUUGGUGGAAAAUACCGUAAACCAGAGGAAAUACUGGAUGCACUGCACUGGCACAAGGGCUCUGGAACUGACAGCUUUCUGCUCCGGAUGGCACCCGGAGAGACUCUGAGAUUUUGGAGCCUUUGUGUUUGGGGAAAGUACAGAGUAUUCUUGGUCCAUGGCAUCAUAUUUAUGGUCUUUGGGGUUGACUUUGUACAGGAGGGGAAGGAGAAAGUGCUUGGCUUGUUGUUGUUUGUCUGCCCCAUAUGCAUCACUUUGGUGGAGUUUUUAUUUUCCACUUGCGGGACGAAGGAUGCCGCCAGUUUCCCGCCGUGUCAUCCGAGUGUGUUGGCGGGCUUUCCCCGAGUAAUGUGAACCUUUCCAACGAAAAAGACAAUGUGUGAAUCUGUGUAGUAGGGACCCUUUAAAGUGGCAGAUCUGUGCCAACCUUCAGAAAGGAACAGAAGGUUGGAAACCCUGUCACUUGGAAAGAUAAAAAUGAAAUAGCAUGCAGGACUGAAUUGCACACAGAACGGUGCUUCAUUUCACUUCUUAAUUAACCUGAAUUUCAAACUUUGAAUUUUGUCUAUGCUUUUUUCAUCCUCUGCCAGUGAAUCUUUUAUUGUGGUGGCUGCACCGACAUGUCAACUCUAUGCCAUUUAGAUAACGAUGUUAAGUGGCUUUCUUUGUGUGUGCUUUUUAUUUCAGUGCCUCGUCCAUAACCUUGUUGCAUAUUAAGAUGAGUUUUCUGCAUUAGUUGAUACAAUGGGUCAUUUCAGCAUUUCAGCCUCUCUUAGAAAGGUAAAACAAGACGCUGGCUUAAAAACUGUGAAGGGGCAGUGUUAACUAAGGAAAAAACAAACCUACGGGUGUUGCCCUUGCACUGCAAGCACUGGCACUACAGUCGGUGACAGGUGAAGUGUUCAGGGAAAACUCCUCCCACUAAGGACCCCUUAUCUCCCACGUUUCUGCACUUUAUGAAAGCAGGCGCUGGAGACAAGGUCGCUUCCUCUCCAUCGUUUGCUCUGCUGAAGUCCAGAAAGGGUGGGAGGAGUUUGCCCCGAACUCCUCGCCUGUCACUGACCCUAGAUCCUCCGCACAGAUUUAGUAAUGGUAGCUUGCGAGGCACAGCACUCGACACUGCUGCAUGAGGUAAUGCCUGAUAUUUACUGAUGCAGCAGUGUCUGUUAGUAUAUAUAUGAGUAACUACCAAACAAUACCUCAUAAUCAAACGUGCGGAAAAAGUUUUUUUCAAUACUUGUUUUAGGCUUUAAAAUCAUUGGCCUAUUACCUCGAAGCAUUCUGCCGUGAAACGAACCCUUUAAUAUAUUAUGUGCGAUUUAUUUUACAAGAAUCUCUACCUCUAGUCUAUCUUCUUUCAGUGAGGAAAUUCGGGGCAUAAUACUUCUAGCCAAAUCUAAACGGGGAUUAUUGUAGCAUAGGUAUGUCUCUUUUUUAAACUGAUUUUUUUUUAAAGGCUUUGAUAGCUUUUAAGACGUACCAAGCAGUCAUGUUGUUAAGUUUCGAAGCCAAGCUAUAUUCCUGAGCUAGUCUACGAACCGUGCGUAAUGUUUUUGCAUUCGCUAAAGCUGUAGAGUCUGUUCCAUUCCUGGAUACAGAGCUCCCGCUUUUCAGUCAUAUAUUUUUAGAGUUCUGCGUCACAUUUGUUUAUACCCAUUCUUGGCAGCUGCAUUCGUUUUUGCUCGUGUAUUUCAGAUGUCAUUUAUAGUUGUAGGAAAACGGAACGGAACUCGGAAAUGGCUUUGCUGUAGUACUUCCAAUUAACAAAUCUAGACAUGCCAGAAGUUGAUAACAUAGGCUAUGGUACGCUGCCACCCUGCUGCUGCUGCUGGAAGCAACUAAUAAAGCUUUCUGUGUCUGCUACUAAAACACUGCUUAGAGGCCACUUGCACAAUCAUCGAAGUACAUUCGUCGAGCGUUUUACAUUGAAGUGCCGAGCAGAAGGCCCAGUUUCCAGCAUAACUUACCUGCUGGUAUCCAGUAGACAUUUAUGCUGCUAGUGCAGGACAAACUCCUCCCACUUUAGCAGAGCGCACGCUGGAGAAGAGGCUGAGAGUGGAUUUAUCGGUGAUUACCUGCACUGCGAAAAUCAACGAAGCAACACCAGAAACUAAGUCCGUGUCCUUACCUUGUGCGGCGCUGUGUGUGUGUGUGUGUUUUUUUUUCUCAGUUUUAUAUAAAAAAAAAAAACGUUUUUCUUUAUUUUUAGUAUUAUUCAUGUUAACUUUUUUUUACGCGUUUUUUUUACAUUGAGUUACCAAAUGUUUGCGUACCGGUGAUAGAGCUGCGCAUUUCGAUGAACGUGGAGAACAAAGCCCAUUACUGAUCAAUGAUGCGCAGAGCGUCGAAUCAAGGGACAGCCAAUCGUGAGCUGCGCCGGCUCUUAGCGUGCAUCGAGCAACGAAGGGAGUGGUAUUCUGGGCUGAAUGCUGCAUUCAACUGCGUUCGUAUGGCCCUGCUGUGAUUGUCCUGCUUUGAGACAGACUGUGACUCCGUCUAAAAAAGGGCCGAACAACCCAACCGAUCUUUCGGGCAUUUUAUUAUAAUUAUUAUUAUUAUUCUGAGACCCCGAGAUUGUGUCUGAGAUCUUUGUGCGCGUGUCCCACUUUUCCUGUUCCCCGAUCUCGGGUUUUCCUAUUAUAAAAAUUCACCAGCUCGUUUUUUGUUCUUAUUUUUGUGCUUUUGAUGUUGUGUAAAUUGCUUUCUGUUUGUUCGUUCAGGAAAGCGCCAUAUCAGCUGUGCUGUUGUGUCCUGGUGACCUUACCAAUAAAAACCUGAAGCAACCCAAA